UUGAGUGGAUUGAAAAAUGUGCUAUGAUGCUCGCAUCUUUUUAUAAGUUUAUCGAAAAGGUGCCCGGUAAGGUGCCCAAUGUGUACCAAAAGAAAAGUCAGUGGCGGUAGUAAAUGGAGCUACCAGCGAGUGAGACGAAAAAAUGCAGGAUGAUGAGUUUAAUCGUGAAACGAUCGAAGUCAGUGAAAAUGAUUCAUCCUCGGAGACGGAAAAGAGUGAUAACAGUCCCAUCUAUCUGCCCACCAACCCACUCGAGUGGACCAGUGAAGAUAUCGGAUCCUGGGUGCAGUGGGUUUCGGAAAAGUUCAACAUCUUCCCGAACCUGGAACCGGGAAGAUUUCCAAGCAAUGGUGUGGAGCUGGCCAAGUUUAGCAAGGCGGACUUUUGGGUUUGUGCCGGCAGUAAAGCCGGCGGUGACACGUUGUCGAAACAUUUUGCUCAUCGGUUACAGAUUGGAACAGGAAUCGAGGACAUAUCGCUAGCGAACGAUACGGAUCCAGAACCAUACCAAUUGUUGAAUGCCGCAUCCCAUCGUUUGGUAGCACAAGGUGGGCAGAUCCAACUGUGGCAGUUCUUGCUCGAACUGCUCGCUGAUUCGUCGAACGAGAGCUUCAUCCACUGGGAGGGAACCAAUGGGGAGUUCAAACUGAUCAAUCCGGACGAGGUGGCUCGACGGUGGGGAGAGCGAAAGGCGAAACCGAACAUGAACUACGACAAGCUGAGUCGCGCCCUGAGAUAUUACUACGACAAGAACAUUAUGACUAAAGUCAACGGCAAGCGGUAUGCGUACAAAUUCGACUUCCAUGGGCUUAUGGCCGCUUGCCAGGCACAUUCACAACUAACCGAUCCCGGUCCAAGUACGAUUAUGUCGCCCAGCUACGGCAGAUAUUCGAGCCAUGGUGAACCAUACGUCGGAGGAUCACCGACCAGCAAUCAACCGGGAAGCAGUCCGAGAAGCUUCACAAGCCCCGAUUCCGGAUCGUCCACUUCCUCAUCCUCAUCCACCUCGCAUGGAGCUAUCAGCGGCGGUAGCUCGGCACCACUGGCCAUGGCCCCAUACUGGCCGUCGUAUUCCUCGUAUUCAACUCAAACCACUGGUACUUCUGAGAUUAACGUUCCCGUUACGUCCCCUUCCUCCCAAACGACGACAUCACCGGCAACAACGACGCCCUAGGAAGGUUGCGCGCGCUCUAGAAUUAAGGUUCCUAAAGUUAGACUCAAAUGUCCUCAUAGAUGCUACGAUGUAAUUUGUAAUUUGUUUUUAACUUAGAUUAGAUUAAGUUUUCGCAGUAAUCGCUGUAACCGUUCAUACGUAA